CAUCCUCCACCCACUCAUCCUCCACCCACCCAUCCUCCACCCACCCACCUUUUCACCCAGUCAUCACCACAGUGCACCCACCCAUCAGUGCAUCCACCCAUCAGUGCACCCACCCAUCACUCACCACCACCCAUCCCACCUACCAUCAGUGCACCCACUCAUCACUCACCCACCCAUCCUCCACCC